AUGGUCCGUAGCCCCGAGAAGUUCGAUUUGCAACACGACAAUCUCAGCGUGAUCCAAGGAGAUUUUUCCAAUGGUGAUGCCAUCCAGGAGACAGUUCGAGGUACAACCUACGUGAUCUGCACCGGUGGUGGCCCUCAUAAUUCCAGGCAGUACGAGAAGGGCUUUAUGGAACGGUUCGUGAGAGAACAAUUGUGGCCUGCUGUUCUGGCGAAUGCGGAGAGCAGUCCACCCAAGGCAUUGUUGUUCCAAGCGGGAGCGUUAUCCAAGGUAUCCAAGCUGCCGAAUUUCAGUCAAUUGUUGAUAGCGCCUCUGAUGGGCCUUCGACCGAUGGCUCUGGACAACGAUGCAGUGAUGAGGUUCAUUGACAGCAACCCACUGAAAGGGACCAAAGUGAUUGUGACACGUCCUGGUGCACUGAUAAAUGGAAAAGGAGGAUCGGACCUACGAGCGAGCUGCAUGGCCAACACCAUUCCUCUUACGUAUGCCGAUUUAGGAAGAUUCAACGUGCAAACGGUUUCCGACGAAGAGUUUGGGAUGAAAUAUCCCUAUGUCUGCCUCAAGAACGGAUUCUAA